AUGACACAACCACUCCCCAACCGACUCCAGUCGACGCUCUCGACGCUUCUACUACUUGGUCUUUCGCUCUUGCUCGCGCCCGUCUCUUUCUGCCUUUCCUUCAUCUUCUCCCUUACGCAUUCCCGAGCCUCCAAACAUGGAUCCCCCCUCUCGUCAGCACCCAUCUCCAAUGGAACCGCACCCGCACAACGAACAGUACUCGUCAACGGCGCACGCAUGCAAAAGUCGCUUGCUAUCUGUCGCACUUUCGCACGCAACGGAUGGAAGGUGGUCCUCGUGGAAGAACAGGGCUGGGGUAACCUUGCUGCUGCACGGUUCUCGAAUUCAGUCUCGAAGUUCCACCUUUUGCCGUCGUCGUCCCUCGCCGCGGACAAGGGGGGCAAGAUUACGCCGUAUAUCCAAGCCCUGGUGCGUGUGGCACUGAGCGAGAAGGUAGACCUCUUCUUCCCCUGUUCUGGCGCGGGGAGCACUGGCCAAGAUGCCACUGCGGGUCAAAUUUUGCUCGAGUGCACACACGGUCGCGUGCGCAGCAUGAUCCAGACCCCCGAGCUCGUCGAGGCACUCCACGAAAAGGACAGGUUCAUCUCGCUCCUGCAGCGUCUGGACAUGGCAGCACCGCGCAGCGAGAUCGUGUACUCGGUCGACGAGGCGCUGGCGAAGUUGCAGGGCGAGGGAUAUCCACGCUCGAUCCUCAAAUGCGCCGCGGAACUGGACGAUAUCGGACGAGCCGAUAUGACGCUCUUCCCUCUGCUCGACUCGCGCACGCAUGAGCCGGACUGGACACGUACACGCAAACGCCUCUCGAACCUUGCUAUACCGCUGUGUGCGCGAACGCCCUAUAUUCUACAAGAAUUUAUCGGCGACCGCAUCGACAAUUCCCAGCCGGCUGGAGUAAGCAACGUCGUCACGGCAUCCGAAUGGUGCACCCACGCAACGGUGGUAGACGGCCGACUGACCGCUUUUGUCUGCUGCCCCAGCAACGACAUGCUCAUGACGUACUAUCCUGCUUCGCACACCAUCGUUGGUGAGCUCGCCCUACGAUGGACAUCCACCUUCCUGUACCGGCUUGAAAAGCUCGGGCAGAGCCAGACGGCACCGCGCACUGCUUUUCCGCUCGACGGAGACACAGAGGCACAGUGGACACGGGAGACGCUGGUUGGGCAACACGCCCUGCCGAACACAGGGAUCACAGGCCAGUUCAGUAUGGACUUUAUCUACCAGCCCGCUACGUCCGAGGUGCAGGAACGCCUCGUGGCGAUCGAAUGCAACCCGCGCGUGCACACUGCCAUCUGCCUGCUUGUCAGCAGGCCUGCGUUAGGAGACGCACUCGUUCCCGCAUCCAUGUCCCACCAACCCGCAUCGUCGCUCGCGCAAACCACGGCGGAAAAGGUAGCGACAAUGGACGAGCUCACGUACCUCUCCUCGCUCUCCCUGCCCGUCAUGGAGCCUGCAACGCAACAGGACGACCUGGCCGCGUUGAUGACCGCUGGACCCCCAACAUGGGCCUCUUCGCGUGCGCGCUUCUACCACGCAAAGUCGCUCCUGCAAAACGCCUAUGCCUCGUCCGCCACCCUGCCCCAGAGCUGGAUCGGCCACGACCUGCCCGCCCGCCUCCUGCCCGCUCUCACCCGCCUGCAACGUGUCAUGCGUACUAUUCAACCGCUAUGGACCCCUCCCAGCCCACAAAUAGUUGCUUCGUCGAAGAAGUUUGAUCUCAGCGCUCCGGCUCCGCUCCCGCCGUUUACCGACCCGAGCUUUGCCAAAGACGACCCCUGGCCCUUCUUCGCGCUCUACCAUUUGCAGUGGCCCCAGCUGCUCCUCUGGCAGUUGGUGGUCAGACGAAACAAGUGGUCUAGGAUCAAUGUUUCCACUGCACGCAUCUUUGAGUGCUGA